CGCCGCUCGCCCGCCCGUCCCCGUGGUGCCGGGCCCCGCCGAGGGGCAAGCGGACAGCCCUCGCCCUCGCCCCCCGAAGCGGGGAAGCGGACAGCGGGAGGAGAGCAUAGCUCGGCGCGCCGCGGCUGGAGGUCUCCGGGGAUGGACCGCGUUUCACCCCCCGCCUCCGCCUGCCCGCCGAGAGGAGGGCGGUGACCGAGCGGCGAGGAACAGAAGCACCCGCCCGCGCCGCGGGGUCGGCGCGACCCUUCUGCCGCCCGGUUAAAUGUCACGGCUCUCUCCGGCUGCUCCCCGCCGCCGCCGCCCCGCGCGUCGCUCACCUCGGGAAGGGGCAGAAAAGGGGGGCGGCAGAACCCGCCCCAGCUGCGGCGCGCCGAGAGGGAGCGCCCGGCUCCGCCGCCAGUAAGCGAGCAGCAGAGCUGGAAACCUUGGCAGUUUUUGUCUUUCCUGCUUGUAUCCAUGGAUCCUGGAUUUUGCAAGCUGUAUUAGUUGCUUUAAUGCAAGUACCUGUUCCAUCAGAUGACCUUGCUUCACUAGUGGUCCAUAACAAGCUACAGUAUUAAAGGUGAAAUCCAAAAUCUGGCAGUAAACAGAUAAUGGUCCAGAGCAGAGAAGUGGUGGAAGAUACCCACCAAAACAGUGAGAAAUGAGCUGUUUCAACCUGGUGCAGUGAUCAACUCCAGGACUUUAACGCACUAAGACUUAAGGUUCGUUUCAAGCAUUUUGAAUGUGGUGUCAUGAGAGAUGCUGUUGUCAUGACAGGUUGGGAUUAUCAUGAUCAAGUACUCUAUUUUGAUCACCCAGUUACUAAAAACUUUGCAUGGUAGAAAGUAAAGAUUGGACUUUUAAAAGCAGUAAACAGGCCCGUGACGGAGGUUUAGACCGGACCGGUGGAGUCAUGCUUCACACAGCUGUAUCUUGCUGGCAGCCAUUCCUAGGUUUGGCUGUGCUGCUAGUCUUCAUGGGCCCCACCUUUGGCUGCCCAGCCCGCUGUGAAUGCUCGGCACAGAACAAGUCCGUCAGCUGCCACCGGAGGCGCCUGCUGUCCAUCCCAGAGGGCAUUCCCAUUGAAACCAAAAUCUUGGACCUCAGCAAGAACAGACUGAAGAGCGUCAACCCCGAGGAAUUCAUGUCAUACCCCUUGCUGGAGGAGAUUGACCUCAGUGACAAUAUAAUCGCCAAUGUGGAGCCUGGAGCCUUUAACAAUCUCUUCAACUUGCGCUCCCUGAGGCUGAAAGGAAACCGUCUGAAGCUGGUCCCCCUCGGGGUGUUCACUGGGUUGUCAAACUUAACAAAGCUUGAUAUAAGUGAAAACAAGAUUGUCAUUUUGCUGGACUACAUGUUCCAAGAUUUGCAUAACCUAAAAUCCCUGGAGGUUGGGGACAAUGAUUUGGUUUAUAUAUCACACAGGGCCUUUAGCGGACUGCUUAGCCUGGAGCAGCUCACCCUGGAGAGAUGCAAUCUCACGGCUGUACCCACAGAAGCUCUUUCCCACCUCCACAACCUCAUCAGUCUUCAUUUGAAACAGCUUAACAUCAACGCUUUGCCUGCGUAUGCCUUUAAAAGAUUGUUUCGCCUGAAAGGCCUGGAGAUAGACUCCUGGCCACUCCUGGACAUGCUGCCUGCCAACAGCCUGUACGGUCUCAACCUGACUUCUCUUUCCAUCACCAACACCAACCUGUCCGCAGUACCUUACACUGCUUUUAAACAUCUGGUUUACCUGACACAUCUAAACUUGUCCUACAACCCCAUCAGCACCAUUGAGGCAGGAAUGCUUUCUGAUUUGGUACGCCUGCAGGAACUCCACAUGGUGGGGGCCCAGUUACGUACCAUCGAACCACAUGCUUUCCAAGGGCUCCGAUUCCUACGUGUGCUUAAUGUAUCCCAAAACCUCCUAGAAACCCUAGAAGAGAAUGUAUUUCAUUCCCCCAAAGCCCUUGAGGUUCUUUGCAUUAACAACAAUCCUCUGGCCUGUGACUGCCGUCUCCUUUGGAUUUUACAGAGGCAGCCCACUUUGCAGUUUGGAGGCCAGCCACCGAUGUGUGCUGGCCCAGACAGUGUCAAGGAGAGGUCAUUCAAAGAUUUUCACAGCACAGCCCUCUCCUUUUACUUCACCUGCAAGAAGCCCAGGAUACAAGACAAGAAGCUGCAAUACCUGGUCGUGGAGGAAGGGCAGACAGUGCAGCUGAUGUGCAAUGCUGACGGGGAUCCGCAGCCCACCAUAUCCUGGGUUACCCCACGUCGGAGGCUGAUCACAACCAAGUCAAAUGGAAGAGCCACUGUGCUGGGAGAUGGCACGCUGGAGAUCCGAUUUGCUCAAGACCAGGACACUGGGAUCUAUGUUUGUAUUGCAAGUAACGCAGCUGGGAAUGACACCUAUUCGGCCUCCCUUACGGUAAAGGGGUUCACUUCAGACCGUUUCCUUUAUGCCAACAGGACCCCUAUGUAUAUGACAGACUCCAACGACACCAGUUCCAAUGGAACUAAUGCAAACACUUUCUCUCUGGACCUUAAGACAAUAUUGGUGUCCACAGCUAUGGGCUGCUUCACAUUCCUUGGAGUGGUUUUAUUUUGUUUCUUACUUCUUUUUGUGUGGAGCCGAGGGAAAGGCAAACACAAAACCAGCAUUGACCUUGAAUAUGUCCCUCGCAAAAACAAUGGUGCUGUAGUUGAAGGGGAGGUUGCUGGACCGCGAAGGUUCAAUAUGAAAAUGAUUUGAUGGUGUUCUGCUAGCAGUACUUUUUCUGUGGCAUUAUAACCAAUUAAACCAGCCUGGCAUGUGGAAUUGCUGGGUAAACGCAGCUUAAUGCAGCUGUCACUGUAUCAAAAGGUUACGUGGAAAUCAAAAGACUCUUUGUGGUUGUACAGCAGAGCCUCCAGACCUUGAGGCAGAUAUGUCAGGGCCUUUCAUAGAACUGGUAAAUUGUACUAACUGUUUGCAUUGCAAAUAUUGGCAUUCUGGGGAUAUCAGCAAUGAACCGUUGGCUCAUGCUCAUGGACAAUUGUUCAACAUUUUCUACCACUACAAAAAGAAAAAGAAAAAGGAAAAAAAUAAACCUACAGUGUAGGAUUUACAUACUUAAAGAAAAAGACACAUUUGUCUAAAGCAUACUCUACAGUGAAAUUUGUAUCUAUAGAUCUCAUUUGGUAAAGAGCCUUGCAUCAUACCUUCUAGUUGGUUCAACACCACAAAAAUUGGUAGUCUUUUUUUUUGUUUUUUGUUUUUUUUUUCUUUUUUUUCUUUUUUCUUUUUUUUUUUUUUUUUUAAUACAUCUAUACUGUGUACAUUUUAAAGCAAUACAAAUGAGAGGUUGUGCUUUUAGAUAUCCACCAGUACUGACCCAAGUGUGAUGUCACCUCCCUUUUAACUACCAUCUAACUCAAAUUAGACUCCUGUAGUUACCAAUUAGAAACAACAUUAAAUAUUUUUCUCCUCAUGUAGAAGGCCACAGAUGAAUAGUUGAGAGCAAAAACGCUCAACUCUAUUGAUCUUCUCUUCAUAUAAAUAUAAGGCAUGUGCCUAGUUUUGAUACAGAAUGGAAUAUUUUUUAUAUCUGUGAUAUCACACUGGACCAGUUUACUGUAACAUAGCCCUGGAAUGCAUCCAGGGAAGGCAACCCACCAGAUACUGCUGGCGUAGAGGAGCUGAGUUCUUGAUGAGUGAGACUUGUUUUUUGUUAGCCCUGCUUUAAUUUCAAAGCUACUGUUAAAUUCUUAAAAUGUUAAUCUGCAUGGGGCAAAACUGCAAACUCCUUGGGAAAUAUGGUCAUCUUGCUAUUUGGAGGAUUGAAUUAAAAUAUAGAAAAACAUUUCCGCAAAGAAUGAACUCUUCUCCAAUGCCAGUAAACUAGGGUUGUUCAUGCAUAAUAUGGGGAUUAUAAUACAAAAAUGUUUGGAACAUGAUAGCCUCAAAAAGGCUAACAUACUGCCAGAUAUAAUGAACCUCUAGCCACUGUCAUCUUCAUCUUGUAUAUUUGUAGAUAACACAUAAACACAAAGCUAAUUUCCAAGAACAGAUUACUUAGCUAUUCUUGAUGCCAUUUUAAUAACUAUGUGGUUAUGUUUCUUUCAGGUGCAGUAUCUUAGAGCAAGAGGGGCAAGUUUCUCCAGGUUUUAGAAAGUAUUUUUAAUGGAGAGAAGACAGAAGUGGAAAGUCAGUUCAGUUCAGUUAAAUGCUUUUUGUUUUAUUCCUCUAAACAAAUCCUCAAAAGGCUCAGAACUAAAACUUUAUUCUUUAUUCUUUAUUGUUGAUGCCACUGUUUUUAUUUUGAAAAUCUCAGCAAUGGGAAGAUAUGGAGUUUUUCAGUGAUCUCUCAAUCUUUUUUAGCAGUUACAAGCCAUAGGUUUACUGCUAAGUGAUUGAUAACAGUUUAUAAGUAAUUUGAAUAAACUAGAAUAAAGGUAAUAAUGACUGUGUAUGUGUUUAGCCGAAAAGAAUAUGAAAUUGUUGUAGAAUAGAACUUUCAGAUUAAUAUGAUUUAAGAGUUCUAUUAUCAAUCGUAAAAUUAGAUUUCAGUGCUCUGAAACUGAAGUCAAGCUGACCUGCAAUGGGACGCUGGUGUUUCUAAAAGUACGAUCCGCAUUUUUUGGCAGAGAUUUUCUAAGCAGGAUAAAAAUCUUCCCCCGUUAUCAAGGGAAAUGUGCCAAAAGUUGUACAUCCAUCUGAGCUCCUCAGGUGUAUCCUUAAUAUAGCUGUAGGACCCAAGGUCAAGGCAGUUUUGAGAAUCUCUAUUCGUAGUGGCUGUUUUUUUGUUGCCUCGCUGCUGUUUUUAGGUCACCCAGCUGAGGAAGAUGCAAGGGUUGUUAGAAUUUUUUUCCCCUUACUUGCUUUGAGUUGGGUUUCGUAGCUUUCUUUUUUUGUGUGUGCGUGUGUUCUGAACUAGACAGCUAGAGAUUUAUGGAGAUGCUUGAGAGUGAUCCUCUUUGUUCUAUGAAAGUUUGUAAAACAUUAUUAUUAGACAGAAUAACCCCUGACUAAACACUAGCACUGGGGAAAUUGUUUUUACUGAUACAGUAACCACCGCACUGAAGCCCAAAAUUCUAUUGUACCUUAAUGUGGGCAGUUAAAGAAACAAAUGGGGAUAAAACAAAGUGUUUCUGAACUGCCCAUUAAAGACAUUUGCAUGUGCCUUUCCCUUGUAAUUGUUAUUUUUCAAUUAGUAACCUAUUACCCCUGCAGUCAUUUCAUGUUAAAUGUUAAAAUCAAUGUUAGAAGCAAAAAUUCUCCUCAAUUCUGGACAGUUGCAGCAGAUUAUUUCAUAUUAAAUGUCACAAUAAAACAACAAAAACAACAAAAACUUGAAAAAAAUUUAGCAAAAAAUGUGCUUUUAGGAUUAAUUAUGAAUGGCUGAAUUCCCCUCUACCUUCUAGAAUGAUUCUAAAAAGUGAUUGCAUUAUUAGUGUACUGCAAAGAUUUCUGAGCAUUAACAUGCUUAGUUGCCUAAGUGAAAUAUGUCCUGGUGAUGGAAAUUACUGCUUGCUCUUGCAGAGCACUGCCUUGCAGAGCUGCCAGCAUUGUGUGUAUUGCCCUGAGUUCAGUCAGUAUACAGGCUGUUUUUAACAAUCAGUGUUUGCUCUCUGCCUCUAGCAUUGUUCUAUUUUUUGUAGCCUACUGAUUUCAUCGUGGACUUGACAAAGCCUAUCGCCCCUCCCAAGGAAAAUGAGAAGAGUAAGAUUGUCAGAAAGGCUUGGAUCUUGCUCUGGAUAGUUGUGUAUGUAUUCCUGGGACACAAACUCACUGUGAGGGAAUGCAGUGCCGAGGUCAGACCUAGACAACCACCCUUUUGGCAGUUCUUUUUCAAUAUAUAAUAAAAGGACAGUAGCUGUCUGCACACAUGCUCUGCCUUUUACUUGCUCACAGCCACUUCUCUGUCUGCUUGAGAGAUCAAGGAAACUGCAGUUUACCUUUUUACAAGGGAGUAUCAUAUUGGAGGAAAAGAAUCAGGCUGCAAAGUGACACCUGUCACACAUGGCUCCCCUGUCAUUUAUUUGGAGGCAGGCAGGCAGUGCAUACCUGUCACUACAAGAGGGAACAAAGGUGUUUUCCCUCCUUGUGUUUUGUGUGGUGGCUUCGUACAGCUUCAUCUGGUCUUCUCUGCUGGUCAGCACAACAAGACUGAGCAGCAGUAGUUUUGCUGAAAGAGAUAACAAAAAUGCUGAAACCAGCAGAGCUACUUAAGAAAGCAGGUACACCAUUAUCUUUGUCAACACAGCUUGUAAGAUCUGAGCUGAAGUAGGCUGAAUUGCCUAUUAAUAUGUUGGGAAAUCCAUUUCCACAGACCAAUGCUCCAUUCUUCUCUUUCAUAAUGGAUGGGUACUUGUUCUUUCUGAGAGUAGAAAGAGGGCCCUACAGGCAGUGUCAUGGGGAAGGAGUCUACAACGAUAAAGGGGGAAUGAAGAAUAACCAGUGCCCCAACUUACCUAUACAGAGAUUUGGGACUGGUUUUCAAUUUUUUCCUUCCUUCUUUCACAUUAACUUGGGAACAUCCUUCUCAGAAAGGCUUAGCUUGAGACAUCACCUUGAUUAGAUACAGAUGGGGGAGACUGCUUUUACUGUCUGUUCCACCCUCCCUCAAUAUUCACACAUACUCUCAGUGUCAACACAGCCAGGAGAUUCUUAGACCCUAGAGACCUGUUGAUAUAAUCUGAUUUUUUAACUAAACACUUUAUAAUGAAGAAGAGCUCACUUCAUGUUAUUGACACACUACUAUUCAAGUUUUCUUUUAUUUUUGAUUUUCCUUAUUUCUUGCAGCAUGGUAUUGCAUCACCCAUGGUGAUAGCAACGAUAUUGUCAUUAAGGAAAAUAAGGAAGCCAAAUUGCACACUCAGUUCACCAAAUUUAGUCAAAGUAUACGAGACACAGUAGGAAGUCAGCAUUAAUAUAUAAUUAUAUAUUAUAUAUAUGCAUAUAUAUAUAUAAUUAU